GUCUAUCUAAAGCGAUCGUGUGAGACAGCGCUAUAGUAAUCGACUAAAACAUUCGGAUUCUAUUCGAUCGUGUGAAUCCAAAUAUGAGGGCUGACUUUUCGCUCGUCACGGAAGGUUUUGUGUUGUAGGAAAUUUCUGUAAUCUAAUUCAAUUAUUAGCCUUUUUUCCGAAAUGUUUCCCUUUAAACUAAACCAUUUGUUUCUAGUACCUCCUGCUGUUGUUUCUUUGUUAUUUUGUUUCGCUGUAGUAUAGAAUAUGUCCUUUAUUUACAAGCCUAUUGUGAAUCAGUAUAGUUGUCUCCUAAUUUACGUAUAAAGCUAGUGUAUUCUUAAAAAUGGAUAAAGGAGUGACGUGUGAACACCUGAAUAAACUGGCUGAUGUCCUGGGGAAGGAGCUGUGGCAGACGAAAGAGACACUAACAUGUUUCGACUGUGGCUGCCCCGGCCCCAAUCUCUGGAUCUGUCUGCAGCCCGACUGCCAUCACAUCGGAUGCUCUGAAGUCAAAAAUGACCAUAGCACUCUGCACCAAAAGAACUUCCCUCUGCACUGCGUGCACAUGAACGUGUCGACGGAGCGGAUAUGGUGUUACUUGUGCGAGAAAGAGGUCCACAUCAGAGCAGCCUUGGCGUAUGCGGCAAGUCCAGACUCGACGUGUGCGGAGGCGCCUGGCAGACUGGGAGCCGUGGGACUCAGCAUGGUGGACGAUGAACUGGAUCCUGAAGCUCACGACAUAGAGUAUGAUGACGAUGCCAGACCCAGAGGUCUCGUGGGACUGCAGAACAUGGGCAACACCUGCUACAUGAACGCGGCGCUACAGGCGCUCAGCAACACCGCACCGCUCACCUCCUACUUCCUGGAGUGUGCUGCAGCCGUCGCCGUGCUGGCGGCUGAUAAGAAGCCGGGGAUCAGCAGAGCAUACCAAAAAUUAGUAAAAGAGAUGUGGAGUAGGAAGACAAGAGGCUACGUUGUACCUAACGGUGUUCUAUAUGGCAUUCGCAAUGUACAUCCAAUGUUCCGUGGUUACCACCAGCACGACACGCAGGAGUUCUUGCGAUGCUUCAUGGACCAGCUGCAUGAAGAGCUGAAAGAACCGGUGUGGGACAGCACUUCGGAAGACAAGCUAGGCUCAGACGCGGACGGCGACCACUCGGACACGCGUGCGCUGCACGUAAGACGACGGGCUGCAUCUUCUGGUGCAAGCGACGCUCCAUUUUUUGCGAGGAUGAGGCGAAAAUCACCCGCUCCCUCGUCAUAUAGCGAAUCUAGAACUGAAGGCUAUUUAAGAGUGCAAACACAAGAGCCCAUAGCGUCCCGACACCGGCGGUCUGCUAGUUUCGCGGGCACACACCAUCUGCAGUACAACAUGUACUCGCAGCCCAAUGGUACGGAAUCAGUCCGUGGCGCCAGUCAAGGUCUGUGCGGGUCGGAGUCAUCACUAUCGUGUUCGAGUGAAGCUGACGAGCGAUACGAGACCUGUUCCAGUGGAGCCAGCGACGCGCCCGACACUAGGACUGAACACCAUAAGGGCGGUAUCCCACUGGGCGGCGGCGACGGUUCGGGCGGCGGGGUGCGGUUCCGAAGUGUUAUCUCUGAUGUGUUCGACGGCAAGCUGCUGUCUUCCGUGCAGUGUCUUAUCUGCAAUAGGGUAUCAACUCGCGUGGAGACAUUCCAGGACCUAUCACUGCCGAUACCGUCACGCGAACACUUGGCCGUGAUCCGCUGCCAGCAGCCGAUCCUCAACCACCACGUGCCGCAUGGCCAGGAGUCGUGGGUGUGGUGGCUACUAAGUUGGUUACGGUCGUGGUUCUACGGGCCGGUGGUGUCGCUACAAGACUGCCUCGCUGCGUUCUUUAGUGCUGACGAACUUAAGGGCGAUAAUAUGUACAGUUGUUCUCGCUGCAACAAGCUCCGCAACGGCGUGAAGAUGUCGGGCGUGGUGAGACUGCCCGAGGUGCUGUGUGUGCACCUCAAGCGGUUCCGACACGAGCUCAUGUUCAGCGCAAAGGUCGGGGCUCGGGUGUCCUUCCCCAUUAAUGACUUGAAUAUGGCGCCUUAUACGCAUAAAGACUGCACAUCAAAAAUAUCCCGGUACGAGCUAUGCGCAGUGAUCUGUCACGCGGGAACAGCGGGCGGCGGCCAUUACACUUGCGUGGCGAGAAACGGACGCUCCUGGUACACGUUCGACGACCACUGUGUGCAGCCGCUGCCGUACCAUCACCUGCCGCACUGCGAGGCUUAUGUGCUCUUCUAUAGGAAAGUGAACCCGCAAAUGGCAACGCUACGGCAGAAGGCUGCUGAAAUAUUAGAGUCGACGAGCGUCGAGCCCAACGAUAUCAAGUUCUAUAUCUCCAAGCAGUGGAUCAACAAAUUCAACACAUGGGCGGAACCAGGCCCCAUAGACAACAGCGACUUCGUGUGCUGGCACGGCGGCGUCAGACCAGACCGCGCUCCGCACCUGCACCACCUCGCCGCGCUCGUGCCGCAGCCGCUCUGGGAGUUCCUCUAUCUGCAUUUCGGCGGCGGGCCGGCGGUGUCGCACGUGCACGAGUGCGGCGUGUGCGCGCGCGCGGCGCAGCGCCUGCGCACGCGCAGAGCGAGGGAGCUCGCCGCCUUCUGCGAGCUGCACGCUAGCUUCCAGGAACAGGAACGUCCUCACGCUAUCUACGGCAUCAGUAUGCACUGGUUCCGGCAGUGGCAAGCGUUCGUGCGCAACAAGACGCAGCAGCCGCCCCCGCCCGUUGAUAACUCCGGCAUCGUUAGCAAACAGGAAAUCGACGGCGUGACAACUUUAACAAUAAAAUCGGGCUCCGACCACGCCCAGCUCAGCGAGGAACUGUGGCGGUUCUUCACGAGCAUCUACGGCGGAGGCCCCGAGGUCCGGCUCAAGUCUCCCAUCACCCCCGCCCCUCCGCCCAUCUUCCAUGACGACACCUUCGAGAGACGGCUCUCCAGGAAAUACUCCGAGUCGGACAAGGAGGAGUACUGCACGAAAUCCACCUCCGAAAUGAACAUCAGAGACACAAUACACGGAGAACUGCAGAAAAACCAAUCCCUCCAGAACAUUAACCGACGGUACAAAGUUAAAGCGACGGCCGAAUCUGAUGAAGAUGUCAACUAUAGGCGGACCUUCCAGUACAAGAGAGCGGAGACUAACGGGAACUACCAGGACUCGGACUCCGAUGACAUGGACGUCAGCCCCCCGCACCACGCGCAUGCGAACACCGUGCGCAUGGAGAACGGGCUGGACAGCGACCACGACGCCAACGACAACCCCGUGCCGCGCGACAAGCCCGACGCGGAACUACCAAAUCUAGAUAGUAUAUCCCUCAAAUCCAAGCCCUCGAAAAGCGGCAAAGUGAGAAAAUACAAAAGACGGACAGUGAAAUGAUUCUUUCUAGCUUUCCAAUUCGUUCACAGGUUGAGGCGACGGGUCGCUUCGACCAAAGACUACGUUUAGAAAGUUACAAUUUUCGAACAUUCCUUUUUUCGGUGACUGGUGUUUAAAAUACGUGCAUUUAUAGGUUGGAAGAACCUAGCUCCGGGACUCUUUGGUCUCUCACUUGUUUCGUAAAAACGAUAUUUUUCUAAAGCAUUAUAUUAAAUCUGCGGCCUCCGCGCCCGGCUACCGGGAGGGUGUUAGUAUUUUUAGUACAAUUUUAAUUUAGUUCAAAUUCAGGUAUAGGCAAAUUAGAUACUUGAAUAAAAUGAUGUUAUACGUGGAAUAAUCAUCGAACUGUAUAGUUACAAUAAUGUAUAUCUGUGUAAAAUUCAAAUGAACUUAACCAUAAACCUGUAAAUGUAUAGAAAUUUCGUGUUUAUAGAUAGACUAUUAUCCUGACUGCAUUUCUUUCGUUUCCUCUUGUUUACCGUGGAUUAGGUAUUUAUUUUGUUAUUUCUGGUUCUAAGUCUAUGUGUUAUUUGUUAAAGAAUUGAUCAGCAAUAAAUAUAUUUCAUCUAUAUUGGCUGCAUAA